GAGGUGCGCCCCUGGGUGCCGCGGAGGCAAUGGUAUGGCUGGGGGCAUUGGAGAAGUCGCUGGACUUCGGGCUGCGCGACCCAACCCUGAGCAACGCCGCCCGCGUCCGCCCCGGCGAGGGCGCGAGAGCGCAUGCCCAGAGGGGCGGGCAUUGUCACGCGCGGGCUGGCUCCGCCCCCGGCCCCGGCGCGGAUUGGUUCCGACAGGCGAGCAGCGGCUGCAGUCAGCCAGGGAGCCUGCGCCUGCGCGUGGCGGCUCGGGGCACAAGAGCGGGCCGCGCCCGCCUGCAGCCUUCUCGGAUGGAGGUCCUGGACGAGUUCGACCGCGAGUUCCCGCAGAGCGUGACCUUCUGCCAGCUCAUCUCCGAGGAGGACUUCGAGAGGCAGGCGGCCACCUACACGGAGCGCGCGCUGCGCCGCCUCUUCCGGAGCCUGGACCGCAACCCCGCGCUGGCCGAGAGGGUGGUGCGCAAGGGCAAGCAGACCGAGUGCGAGCGACGCGGGCUCCUCUCCUUCCUCUGGGCCAAGUUCAGCUCUGCUGUCCAGGGGGAGCUGAACCAGUGCAACAGCAUGGGCGCCCUAGAGAUGCACCAGCGCCUGGAGCAGCUGAAGAGGAGCAUCCACCGCGUGCACCUCUACUCCCGGGAUGCCAGGAAGAAGAAAAAGAAACCCAAACCCAAGAAACCAGAGCGCAUCCUCUCUCGGGACAGGUCAACCUCCCCGUGCCAGCCACCCCACCUGCUGCCGCCACUGCUGCCGCCUGCCACCAACAUGGCGUCCGUAGUGGCCUCAUCACCCCCCGUCUACACCAUGCCUAGGGUCUUUGGCCCCUUCCCACCACUGCCCAGCAAGUCGGUAGAGAAAUUGGACAUCUCGAGGUCUGAUGUGAGAUUGAACUGGAGCAGCCUGUCGCCAAACCCAAAGAGCCACAUGGUCGAUCUGACGCCCCUGGUCCUCAACCCCGGCGGCUUCCAUUUCUCCUACUUGGGCGGAAGUAGCGUACACAAGCUUCACUGUCCGGGCUUUCCCUGGGCCCAGGCGUGCAGCAGCUCCCCCAGCAGUGAGGAGACGGCGUCCUCCGCUGUGAAGGCCUCCAUCUUCACCCCGCCUGUCCUACUCAAGUUCCAGCCCGUGUCCAGAUCCAAAGACGACUCAGAGCAGGACCCUGGCAAUGCAGAGCCCGCGCCCCACAAGCAGAACCCGUGACCUCUCCCCGCCACAGCACAGUGAUCACGGUGGAGGCCUGAAUAAACUUCCUGUGGAGAUGC